UGCAAAGUUUGAUCAGUUUCAGCCAGUCGACCGUGACCCAUAAAGUGUGUGAGUUGUGACCGUUUUCCGGUGGUCGAGCUGUGAGGGGGGGAAUGAAGAGAAGACAACUGAGCUCAAUUCAGCUUCUUUUCAGUCUAUUGAGUAGCCCAUGUUAACUAGUGGAGAAACUCACUGCAUGAAAUAAUAUGUCGAGAAAAAUGUCACGUUUUCUAGUUCGUGUCUCCUCUAUCGUUUCCAGCGGAGCGACUGCCAAAUCAAUUUUACCUCAAAAAAGGAUAUUUGUAGGGAUUCGGAUUAUUUCUACGUCAACGGGUUUGCAGUCAUUGACACGUUAUGACCAGUCCACAGAUUGGCAGAGGAAGCUGACCCCAGAACAGUAUGUUGUUACGAGAGAAAAAGGCACAGAAGUGCCAUUCAGUGGCAUCUACCUGAAACACAAUGAGGUGGGUAUGUACCACUGUGUUUGCUGUGACUCCCCUCUUUUUAGCUCAGAAGCAAAAUAUGAUGCAGGAACUGGGUGGCCGUCCUUCUCUGAGGCUCACGGGACAUGGGAAAAAGACGAGAGUCAUGCCAACAUUGUCCGUCGCCCUGACAACUCGCUUGGUAGCACAGGAACAGAGGUUAUCUGCAAACAUUGUGAUGGCCACCUUGGACAUGUCUUUGAUGAUGGUCCAGAUCCGACUGGCCAGAGAUUCUGCAUCAACAGCGUAGCCCUAAACUUUAAGCCCAGAGAAAAAUAAUGCAGAGACAGUUAUAUCACUGGAAAGGAUUUUACAGUUAUACACUGAAAAUAAAGAAAACAAAUAGCCUAGCAUUUGAAUAACAAAUCUUCAUUGUAGUAUGAUAUGAGUUACAGUUUACAAUGUUUAUUUUGGAAAAAAGAAAAA